AUGGCAGCCUCGACCACAACGGUCCUUCGACGGGCGUUACUCUACGUCCCUGCCUCGUCCCCAAAGAUGCUGGCCAAGUCGCUCACCCUCACCAGCGACAACAUCACCUACGACCUAGAGGACUCAGUCACGCCCGCCAUGAAGGCCACUGCUCGCGUCUCCCUUCGUGACCACCUUGCCUCUUUCCCCUCCAAGCCCCCUUCAAUAGGCGAGCUAUCCGUACGCAUAAACGCCGUCUCGAGCCCCCACGCGCUGGAAGAUCUGACCACGCUCGCCUCCCUCCCCACUCUGGACACCAUUGUGGUCCCUAAGGUGAACAGCGCCUCGGACCUGUCCUUCGUGACAGACGUGCUCCGCCACAGAGCACCGCACCGACACCCCCUUUCCGCUGCCGCUACUGAUUCCACCCCUACUGAUUCCACCCCUACUGAUUCCACCCCUACUGCUCCUCCUCCUCCCGGCACUGCCCACCACCGGCCAAUCAAUUUGAUCGCGCUGAUCGAGUCGGCUAGGGCGGUCAUGGACCUGCGGUCCAUCUGCGGCGCUUCGCCCUACCUCCGCGGGCUGGUGUUCGCUGCCGAGGACUUUGCGAUGGACAUGUCGCUGACGCGGACGCCGGGACUGGGCGAGUUCCUGUACGCGCGCAGCGCCAUCGCCACGGCUGCCCGCGCCUUUGAGCUGCCCAGCACUAUUGACCUCGUCUGCACCUCGUUCCGGGGCGCCGAGGGCGUCAACCGGCUUGAGGACGAGUGCCGAAAUGGAAGGGAGAUGGGGUUCAACGGAAAGCAGUGCAUUCAUCCUAGUCAGGUAGAAAUUGUCCAACGUGUGUUUGGCCCCGACGAAGCAGAAGUCGAGUGGGCGGUCCGCCUGCUGAUUGCCAACGAAAAGGCGUCAGCUGCCGGCCGAGGCGCUUGGACCCUAGAUGGGAAGAUGAUUGAUGCUCCAGUAGUAGGAAAGGCCCGCAUGAUAGUGGACAAGGCAGAAAAAUGUGGCCUGCAUGUCCAUGGCAUCAGACAGAAAUGGCGGCACCAAGAGCCUGAAUAA